CAAAGUCGAUCAGCUGAUGUGACUUGGCAACAACACUCCGAAAUCAACCGGGCAGUGGAAUUAUUUUAACCUGCUGCCUUAAAAACAACCCAACCCUGAGCUGUCCAGUAACUGGCAUCUUUGUCUGAAUUUGUCCAGAAGUAGUCAGUUUCCUGUCCUCCUGCCGCUUGUUUGGUGGAAAACAUUAACGCUGUCUGGCUCGAAAAAGAAGAUUUGUUUUGCUGUUUUGCUAAGUCAGGAAGGCUGCUGACCGCAGACUCCGCCGAUGUUUUUUGGGGUAAACGUACAGCAGAGGUUAUUUUAAAUGCAGUUGACAUAAACCCGUUGUAUAUAUGUGUACAUAUAUAAAACCAAAUCUAAUAUUUGUUGUCAUUGUAUGUUAGCUAGAGGGCAGUAUCCCUUUUUUCGCAGCGUCAACGAACGAAAUGCUAAUGCUGCUAGCUUGCUGAACAAAACAAAAGCUCAACACGUCCGGUGCUGCGAGCUGACGGUGGCCAGCGGUUUGAUUUGGGAGUAUGUACGGUCUGAUAACGCAUUUAUAUCUAUGAUAUUGUUUAUUUAAGCGAUUAGUGACCAAGAACGGUCGUUUGAGAAGCUUUUUUCUGUUGGGACAGAAUGCUAGCUAGGUAGCUAAGUGUACACUACCAAGGCCAGUGUGGGUGCGAGCUGAUCUAUUUCUAGAUCCUGAUAAGUAGAUUUUUAAAAAUAUAUAAAUCACUUGAUGAGCAUUCACUUAAUCUGACAUCUGACAUGACAGUUGGAGAUGUGCGUUACAUUGUAAUUUAUUGUAAGCUAGCUAAGUGAAUUGUAUCUACUUUGAUCGACCAGUGUCAUAAGUUCACAAGUUAGUAUCGGUGGUAGCUGCAAGUUGUCUGAACUGGGUUUUAAAACAGAAACUUCAACUUUUUAGCCAGUGCAAUAAUUUAGUUAGUUAGUGCUAACUAGCCUUUACAGCAGUGUCCUGAGUGGCAGGUGUAUGGUGGUGUUAUUUUUCGGUGUGCUGACUGGUUUUACUGGUUGUGAAGCAGACAAAACCUUUGGAUGGAAUAAUAUAAGCCUCGUUUCUUGCCCAAGCAAUACAGUCGCUCAAUGAUUCGAAUGAACAGUUAUCAGGUGCGUUUGGAGGUCUAAGCCAGUUGCUUGAAAGUCAGUAAGCUACCUCGGUUGUGAUGAGCGGACAGGGUGUGACCGGCGCUUUGGUCUGCCAGGAGAGCUACGCGUGCGGCGGCUCGGACGAAGCCGCCUACGAGUGCGACGAGUGCGGCAGCCUGCAGUGCGCACGCUGCGAGCUGGAGCUGCACCGGCAGGAGCGCAUGCGGAACCACGACAGGGUGCGAAUCUCUCCGGGCCAUGUGCCCUUCUGCGACUCGUGCAAAGGGGACGGCGGGUGUCCGGCCAAUGGUUCUCGCCUCAGGGCCGUGGUCAGGUGUCAAGGCUGCAAAAUAAACCUUUGCCUGGACUGCCAGAAGCGCACGCACAGCGGUGUGAACAAAAGAAAGCACCCUCUUUCUCCUUACCCACCCUGCAAACCUCCGGAGGCGAACAUGAACUGUGCGGACGUGGUGUUAGAGGGUGUGAAGGCUCAGCUGGACAAGGUCUGCAGCUUUCUCUUGGUGGAUGAGAAGGAGGAGAUGCAGGUGAAGGCCGCGGAGGAAUUUGAAAGCAAACUAGGCUGUGCACCAGAUGAGCUGCUGAAAGUGGUGUCCAUCUUUGGUAAUACCGGGGAAGGAAAAUCGCACACGCUCAACCACACCUUCUUCAAGGGCCGUGAGGUGUUCAAGACGUCACCCACCCAGGAGUCAUGCACUGUUGGAGUGUGGGCGGCGCUGGACCCGGUCCAUAAAGUGGUGGUGGUGGACACAGAGGGGCUCCUGGGAGCAGGAACAAACCAGGGCCAGCGGACCCGUCUCCUGCUGAAGGUGCUGGCUGUGUCUGACCUGGUCAUUUACCGCACACACGCCGAUCGUCUUCACGACGAUUUGUUCAAGUUCCUGGGCGACGCCUCGGAUGCUUAUUUAAAGCAUUUCACAAAAGAGCUGAAAGCCACCACUGCCCGCUGUGGUCUGGACGUACCUCUUUCCACUCUGGGCCCAGCUGUUAUUAUCUUUCAUGAGACCGUCCACACCAAGUUACUAGGCUCAGAUAAGCCAUCUGAGUCUGCAGAGCGUCUUCUCCAGGAGCGCUUUAGAAAGCUUGGGCUCUUCCCUGAGGCCUUCAGCUCUAUUCAGUAUCGAGGUACACGCACCUAUAACCCUCCCACUGACUUCAGUGGCCUGCUGCGCAGCGUGGAGUCGCAGCUGGACAACACCACCACACGGUCUCCACGAUCUGCUAGUGUCAUCUACAAGGCUCUACAAGCUUUGAGUGAACGGUUCAGUGGAGAGAUCCCCGAUGAGCAUCUGACCAGCAACUCCUUCUUCCCUGAUGAGUACUUCACCUGCUCCUGCAUCUGUCUCAGCUGCGGCUCAGGCUGCAAGAACAGCAUGAACCACCUGCGGGAGGGAGUGAGCCAUGAAGCCAAGCAGCGCUGCCGCUAUUCCCCUCACUAUGACAACCGCAUUUAUACAUGCAAGGCAUGUUAUGAGAGCGGUAAAGAGGUAAUUGUGGUUCCCAAAACAACAGCGUCCUCUGAUUCACCCUGGUUUGGCCUGGCUAUAUACGCCUGGUCUGGUUAUGUGAUUGAAUGUCCAAACUGCUCAGUGAUUUACCGAAGCAGGCAGUACUGGUAUGGGAAUCAGGACCCUGUGGACACAGUGGUUCGUACUGAGAUCCAGCAUGUUUGGCCAGGGUCUGAUGGGUUCUUGAAGGACAACAACAAUGCUGCCCAAAGGCUGCUGGACGGAGUGAACUACAUGGCUCAGUCGGUGUCAGAGCUGAGUGUGAAACCUGCCAAGGCCGUCACUUCCUGGCUCACAGACCAGAUUGCCCCUGCUUACUGGAAACCCAACUCUCUCAUAUUUAACUGCUACAAAUGUGGCGAGGCCUUCAAGGAUAAUGAUACAAAGCACCAUUGCCGGGCCUGUGGAGAGGGCUUCUGUGAUAGCUGCUCCUCCAAGUCCAGGCCUGUACCUGAGAGAGGCUGGGGGCUGGCACCUGUAAGGGUCUGCGAUGCAUGCUUUCAAAACAGGGGCAUACCAGAGGAGCUGUUGGAUGCUGCAUUGGCAGAGGAGCAGAGUGGGACAUUGAUAGCCAGAAAAGUAGGAGAAGCAGUACAGAACACUUUAGGAGCUGUGGUCACUGCCAUAGACAUCCCUCUAGGUUUGGUUAAAGACGCUGCUCGCCCGGCCUACUGGGUACCAGACCAGGACAUUCGCUGCUGCAACCAGUGCCAACGUGAGUUCAGCGCCCGCCUCUCCAUUCAUCACUGCCGGGCUUGUGGACAGGGUGUAUGUGAUAUCUGCUCCCCUGACCGUCGUGCUGUACCUUCACGGGGCUGGGACCAUCCUGUGCGGGUGUGCAUUGCAUGUAACCAGAAACCUGGAGACCUUUAGCAGGAUUGGAAAUUACAACAUUCACUCUGACACCCACCCUCGCACACAAGUUGCAUUGGUUCAGCCCAUGCUGGGAGCGAAGCACCAUGCUAUAAAGCUUUCUGUCCUGUAAACCGAGAGGAGCAGCACUGCCUUUUCAUCCCAACAUUUGGUUCUUUCACACGCUCGUCUGCACUGCUCUAGCUUUCAAUGGACUCCAGCGCCACUGAAGUCCAGCUCAGAACAAAAGAGAAGCUAAGACUCAUCUUUAAUUUGCAGCUAAAAUUGAUUGAGGAAAACUUGAAAUUAUUUUUGACAAUCCAUUGCUUAUCAUGCUCUAUUACCCAUGUUCACUGUGCAGCCAUCAUGCCAAUUUGAUGAUCUUUAAAUCAUAUCUGGCUGGAAUAUGUUUUUGGGUCAUAUCCACCAAAUGCAUAUUUGGUGGUUAUGACCUGAAGACCAGCAGAUCUGCAUCCCAUUACAAUUAUGGUCUGCAUGAAUCCAGGGAAGGCCUGUACUGUAAGCAAAGGCAGCUGAAUGGCCAUUACAUAAAACUUACAGAGCAGGCUAGUUUACCAUUCUUGAGCUUAAGACAUUUUCAGGUGUUAUUUAGCUUUUGAGUUCUUACCCCAAGGAGUGACUGUUUUUAUCCACUUAUCUUGAAGCAUACCCUUAAUGUAGUGCUCUAGGGCCAUUUCAUUUUAACCCAGUGUAAUGCCUCCUAUUGAGGAGCCAAUCUCCUUGAUCUUAGGAUGAUCUCCAUAACCCAAUUCGUAUUUUAUAAUGGAAUUAUAACACUAAGCCAUAGAGGAACUGCACAAACGUGUAAGAUGUGGCAUUGCGUAGGUGGAUUAUACACUGAUGCCAAUCCACUUGAUUACACUUUCAUAGUCAUCUACUGCAAUGUUAAUAUUCAUAUUUCAAUCACUGGUACAGUAGCUGUUGUCAUCUAGCCCCUGGUAUGGGUUGAUAGAUUCAUAUAAAGGGUUCUCUGCCAAAAAAAAAAGCUUGUCUAAUUGAGUUUGUUUUAUUUGAAGUGUAUUAUUAGGGUGACUGAACGUGACUGAAACAGACUUAAGUAACACGAAUAUCAGUAACUGUCAUGUUUUAUGCACCUAUGCUGAUUAAAUUAAACUUGAGUACCUCUCUAA